AAUGUUAUUCAAUAUGACCAGAAACACACCGUCCAAGUUUGUGUAUGCGAGAAACCUCCAAAAGAAGUUUUAAGCUCAUGAAUAUUUAUUCAAGAGAAAAAGUAAUCAAAAGUAAAAAUGUUCUUAAUUAUUUUUUGCCAGAAACUUUGAAAUUUCCGUUGCAGUUUCGUGUAUCUUUAAGAAACGCUAAAUAACAUUCUAGAUAGUUCUAUACAUAAAAGGAUUCUCGCAUCUUUUUGGUAUCAGUUCAGUUUCACAAAAAAAAAUUAAAGAUAUAAUGGAGCCUUUUGUUAAUGUAAUUAUUAUAUUAUGUGUCUGUGUUCUUUUCGUGUUGAUUAUCAUAUGCUGCGUCGUCUCCCAAAGGAAGAAAGAGCCCUUGUCUCAGCCGCGAGAUUUGGAAAAGGGUGUAGCGAGAACAAGAGAUGGAGGACUUGUUGUUUUGACAGGAAAUGUUACUACAACAGCUGUCAUAGCUGCGGCUGUAACCACCGUAGAUCCUGGCAGUGGUGGCGGCGAUUAUGACGGUUCUUGUUGUGGAGGCGGUGGUGAUGCUGAUGGUGGAAGAGAUGGCGGUGGUUGUGGAGGUUGCGGCGGCGGCUGUGGAGAUUAAGGGUGUCGUAUAUAUAUUGUGGGUUUUGAUAUUUAUCUAUGCAUGUAUAUAUUAUAUAUAAUGUAAGAUAUAAACUCUCGUGAGGAUGGAAAUCAAAUUGUAUCAUAAAAAGAUGAAAAAUGAUCGUUUUACAAAA